GUUGUGUUGUCCAAUGACGCGAGAGCUUGAUUAAUCCACGCAGGACGGUGUGAUAGUUGUCUUAUGGCGUCUUUUUCUGUGUUGGUGAUAUUCAUUUGCGUGCCGUGAAUAAGUUUUUACAAGUAUGGCUCUUCGAAAGGUGAAAGGGAACUUGGAACACAUCUUCGACAAAAACCUGAAGGACCUUGUACGUGGGAUCAGGAGUAACAAGGCAAAUGAAGCCAAGUACAUCUCACAAUGCAUCGACGAAAUCAAAGAAGAGCUACGUCAAGAAAAUAUGGCUGUCAAGGCCAAUGCAGUGGCCAAGCUUGCCUAUCUUCAAAUGCUGGGCUACGAUAUCAGCUGGGCAGCUUUCAACAUCAUUGAGGUCAUGAGCUCAAGCAAGUUCACCUAUAAGAGAACUGGUUACCUGGCGGCGUCUCAAAGUUUCCACGAGGGUACAGAAGUGUUAAUGUUGACGACCAACAUGAUUAGGAAAGAUCUGAACAGUCAGAAUAUGUAUGACUCGGCUACAGCGAUGAGUGGUCUUGCCUGUUUUGUGACGCCAGAUUUGUCCCGUGACUUGGCAAAUGAUGUUAUGACUCUUUUGAGUUCCACAAAGCCCUAUUUGAGAAAGAAGGCAGUGCUGCUCAUGUACAAGAUUUUCCUGCGGUUCCCUGAUGCCCUGCGACCGGCAUUUCCGAGGCUCAAGGAAAAGUUGGAAGACCCUGACCCAGGAGUGCAGUCAGCUGCCGUGAAUGUGAUCUGCGAAUUGGCACGCAAGAACCCUAAGAACUACUUGUCACAGGCCCCAGUGUUCUUCAAGCUUAUGACAUCUUCCAGCAACAAUUGGAUGCUCAUUAAAAUUAUCAAAUUGUUUGGUGCCCUCACACCGCUCGAACCCAGGCUGGGCAAAAAGCUGAUUGAGCCGCUCACUAACUUAAUACACAGCACAUCUGCAAUGUCAUUGUUGUACGAAUGUAUCAACACUGUGAUAGCAGUGUUGAUUUCUAUAUCUUCAGGAAUGCCCAACCACUCGGCGUCCAUUCAGCUGUGUGUCCAGAAAUUGCGGAUACUCAUAGAAGAUUCAGAUCAAAACUUGAAAUACCUAGGCUUGCUUGCCAUGUGCAAGAUUCUCAAAACUCAUCCGAAAAGCGUUCAGGCUCACAAGGACCUCAUACUGCAGUGCUUGGACGACAAGGAUGAAUCCAUUCGCCUACGUGCGCUUGACCUUCUCUACGGAAUGGUAUCCAAGAAGAACCUAAUGGAAAUCGUGAAAAAACUGAUGGUGCACAUGGACAGAGCUGAAGGCACCAUCUACCGCGACGAACUUCUCUCCAAAAUUGUUGAUAUAUGUUCCCAGAACAACUAUCAGUACAUCACUAACUUUGAAUGGUACGUAAGUGUACUAGUAGAGCUGACACGCAUUGAAGGAACCAAACAUGGGCUCACCAUAGCUUCUCAAAUGCUGGACGUUGCAAUUCGAGUGCCUGCUGUACGAGCCUUUAGUGUAUCUCAGAUGGCAGUGCUGCUGGACAACACUCACCUGCUGUUGGGCAAUGGCCAGAAGAAUAGCAUCUGUGAAGUACUCUAUGCUGCUGCUUGGAUCUGUGGGGAGUUUUCUGACCUCCUCGAGCGUCCACGUGACAGCUUAGAAGCACUCCUGGGUGGACGCGCAACUUCCCUUCCCCCCCACAUACAAAGCGUUUACGUUCACAACGCUACCAAGAUCUGGGCGCGCAUGGUGGCCAAAGCUCAAGAAGAAGAAGAAGAUGGGGAGCGUGACUUUCAGGAUGCCUGCGAUUUGAUGGCACAGCACCUGCCACAGUUUGUGCAGAGUGCAGACCUUGAAGUGCAAGAGAGGGCAUGUUGUGCAUUGAACCUAAUGAGACAGGUGAGCAAGUUGCACGCUCGUGGCGAGCGCAUGCCGCAGGAACUGCGUGCACUCUUUGCUGGUGAACUCAACCCAGUGGCUCCCAAAGCACAAAAGAAAGUACCCAUUCCAGAAGGUUUGGAUCUAGAUCUCUGGAUCAACGAGCCUCCGUCUGAAUCUUCUUCCGAAGACGAAAAUUCAGCAGAAAUCUUCAUCUCUGCUGACAGGACAGCAGCAGGACAACUGACAGCCAGAGAGACCAAGUACGAGCCAACGGAAGACGAGUUGAGACAUCGAAGAGAAGCCCGCCGUCAAGAACAAGCCAGCAAUCCCCAUUACCUCAAGGCAACCAAGAAUAAGGGAAGCAACGGUCCACUGCAGCAAGUGGUAGACGACAUCCCUGUUGCUCACAUUGACCUCUCCGUUCCAUUGCACAUUCCAGGGCUGGUUUCAUCAGACAAGUACCUGAACUCCAGCCGUGGCACAUUCUUCGACAGCGACAAGGAUAGGGAAUCCAAAGACGACAAACGUAGGAGGAAGAAAAAGCGUAGCCAUCGAAAGAAAGCUGCUCUGCCCACCCCUUCUGACAGUGAAGAAGACGUGGGUGCUGUUGAGGACGGGACACACCUUGUGAAUCGCACGUUAGGCGAGAUGCCCGAGGGUGCUCACCUUUCUGACGACGACGGUGAUUCCCGGAGUGCGGACGACCCGCACCGUGCCCUGGAUAUAGACCUGGAUGAGCCAGAAAAUAUUCCCCCUCCAAGACAAGCUCGGAGCUACAGCCCUCUUGGUGUGGAAGAAGGUCAAGAGGUUGUGGUAAAGGGCACACAAGAAAGGAUUCUAGAAAAAGGCUCCGACAAAAAAGUCAAAAAGAAGAAGAAGAAAGAACGGCGUCACAGGUCGAAAGAGCGUGAACAAAAGCACACUGCUGAAGUGCAGGAGAAUCAGAGCCGACAAGCAGGAACAAGCAAUGGCCAACCUCAUAAGAAUCUGGAUGACCUUGAUUUCUGGCUCACUCCAAGUGCUGACACCCAAGCUGCGGGUGAUAGCAUUCCACAGUCUGCUCCGACACAUCCUUCCACACUGGAGCUUCAUUCGGAACUGAAUGGUGUUGAUGAGAGUCCGCAGAAGGGCAAGAAGAAGAAGAGGAAGGGUGAAGAAGAGAAGAAAAGAAAGAAGAAGGAUUUCUUAUCCCUAUUGGAGCCAGAGAGCCCCAAGGACAAGGCACAGUAUGAAGAAGCGCCGGGCAUCACCACCCCAUCCAAGGAGCCUGGAACUAGUGUACCACAGACACCUGCUACACCCAGUGCACCUCCUCCUGCAUCGAAUUACAGGUUACUGGCAGAAAACCAAAACAUCAAGUUGGUGUACGAAGUCCGGACAUUACCAGCUGUACAGAAUGAAGUAGUGGUGUCAAUCAUCUUCACCAACUUGAGUAGUCACCACCUCAAAGAGAUGGAACUCAAUAUCCUCGACACGCUCAACACCAAGCUCGUCCGUGGAAUUGAAGCACACGCAGGGAUACAAGACGGUAUCCGAGUACCCUUCCAGCUCCCACCAGGAGCAGCCAAUGAAGCACAAUUUGGCUUCAAGGUCCAGAGUGUCAAGAUGCCACAGCGGCUCCGGGGAACAUUCACCUACAUGGCUCCGAGUGUGGACGGUGGGCUUACACAUGAGAAACUGGACCUCAAGUUGCACCUUCCUGUAUCAUGUUAUCUACUAGGCACUAUGCACAAAAGGGACACCUUCUCGGAGUUGCUGAGAGGUGGGGAGCUGUCGGCUUCCUCUUCCUUUGUUCUCAACCCUCUAGACCUGGAGUUCUCUCAUGUCCUGUCCAAGAUCUGCUUCCACUGCCAUUUUUCAGUUGUGGAGAAAGUGGGUCUGACUGCAUCCCUGUACAGUCGUUCCAUCCAGGAUGAUCAUAUUUGCCUUCUUAUCAAGCACUUAGAGCCAAAUCGGCUGAGUGUUGAAGGGAAAUGCACAAAUUCGCAGCUACUAGGGAGUGUGCUGGAUGAAGUGAAGGCUCUGCUGUCAUCUUCGUAGGAAAACUUGUGACAAAAAAAAAAGUGACACAAGGACAGUUGAACAGUUGUAUUUAUGUGCAACGACGGACUCUGGAAGGGGUUCGCCACAUUUCAUGCCGUUUUCUUUUUUGUAUAUGCAUAUGGAGAUAGCGAAAGAAUGACAGAUAUGUAUAUACAUAUAUGUAUACAUUAAGGACUGUAUUGCAACUCAGCUGACUAGAUUGAUGCUUAAAAGUUGGAACACAAAGUGGAGGGAGGCUGUUUUUAUUAAAACUUAUUUUUUA